UCGGGGUCCCGCGCAGCAGUGAACGUUUAGCUGCAGGGCUUUAAGCCCGAAGUACAGCGCAGUGGGACCCGGAGAAAUACAUAUUAUACAAGUAUAUGCAACCACCUUGCAAAUUUAUUUGGCAUUUGCUUCGGCUCAUGUCGUAUUUCUGUCUUUUCGCCGCUGGACGGGCUGCACGGGAUUUCGCUUUUGCACCCUGCUGUUGUGCUAGCUUAGCGAGCGCUAACUAACGUUAGCAAAACCCCGAAUUCAGUUUAUUUAUUUGUAUUUUUACAUCCGUUAAAAUGGGCUAUCUAAAACUAAUCGAGAUCGAAAACUUCAAAUCCUACAAAGGGAGACAGAUAAUUGGCCCUUUCCACAAGUUCACGGCGAUCAUCGGACCGAAUGGUUCAGGCAAGUCUAAUCUUAUGGAUGCCAUCAGCUUCGUCCUGGCAGAGAAGACCAGCAACCUGCGUGUGAAAACACUGAAAGACCUGAUUCAUGGUGCUCCUGUUGGUAAGCCAGCAGCUAAUCGUGCGUACGUCAGCAUGGUGUACCAAGAGGACAACGGCGAGGAACGCAACUUCACCAGAGUCAUUAUAGGUUCAUCAUCAGAGUAUCGCAUUAAUAAUAAAGUGGUGGGCUUGCCUGACUACAGCGAGGCACUCGAGAAGCUGGGAAUUCUCAUCAAGGCCAGGAACUUCCUGGUCUUUCAGGGAGCAGUGGAAUCCAUUGCCAUGAAGAACCCAAAGGAGAGAACAGCUCUUUUUGAGGAGAUCUCACGCUCUGGUGAGCUGGCUCAGGAGUAUGACCGGUGUAAGAAGGAGAUGGUGAAGGCUGAGGAGGACACUCAGUUCAACUACCAUCGCAAGAAGAAUAUAGCUGCCGAGCGAAAGGAGGCCAAGCAGGAGAAAGAAGAGGCUGAGCGCUAUCAGCGGCUGAAGGACGAAGUGGUGCGAGCUAAUGUUCAGCUGCAGCUCUUUAAGCUUUACCAUAACGAGUCUGAGAUUGAGAAGCUCAACCGGGAGUUGGCCCAACGCAACAAAGAGAUUGAAAAAGACCGCAAACGCAUGGACCGCGUGGAGGAGGAACUGAAGGACAAGAAGAAAGAGCUGGGCAGGAUGAUGAGAGAGCAACAGGCAGUGGAGAAAGAGAUCAAGGAGAAGGACGCAGAGCUGAACCAGAAAAGGCCGCAGUACAUCAAAGCUAAAGAGAACACAGCUCACAAGAUUAAGAAACUUGAGGCAGCACGAAAGUCCCUGCAGAAUGCCCAGAAGUGCUACAAGAAACGCAAGGCAGACAUGGAUGAGCUAGAUCGAGAGCAGAAAGCUGUGGAGAUGGCCAGGCAGGAGUUUGAGGAACGAAUGGAAGAGGAGGCACAAAGUCAGGGCCAGGACCUCCAGCUAGAGGAAAAUCAGGUCAAAGCAUAUCAUCGUCUGAAGGAAGAAGCUAGCAAACGAGCUGCCACUCUCGCUCAGGAAUUGGAGAAGUUUAACCGUGACCAGAAAGCUGACCAGGACCGCCUGGAUCUGGAGGAGAGGAAGAAAGUGGAAACGGAGGCUAAGAUCAAGCAGAAGAUUAGAGAGAUUGAGGAGAACCAGAAACGUAUCGAAAAGCUUGAGGAUUACAUCGCCACAAGCAGGCAGUCUUUGGAUGAACAGAAGAGAAUGGAAGAGGAACUCACAGAAGAGGUGGAGCAGGCCAAAAGGAGGAUUGAUGAAAUUAACAUGGAGCUCAACCAGGUUAUGGAGCAGCUUGGUGAUGCUCGUAUAGACAGACAGGAGAACAGCAGACAGCAGCGCAAAGCUGAGAUCAUGGAGAGCAUUAAGAGGCUGUACCCUGGAUCAGUGUAUGGCAGGCUCAUAGAUCUGUGUCAGCCCACUCAGAAGAAAUACCAGAUUGCUGUGACCAAAGUGCUGGGCAAAAACAUGGAUGCCAUCAUCGUGGAUUCUGAGAAGACCGGACGUGACUGUAUCCAGUAUAUAAAAGAACAGAGAGGAGAACCUGAAACCUUUUUGCCCCUCGAUUACCUUGAGGUCAAGCCAACGGAUGAGAAGCUGCGUGAGCUUCGUGGUGCCAAACUGGUGAUCGAUGUAAUUCGCUACGAACCGCCGCAGAUUAAAAAAGCACUGCAGUAUGCCUGUGGGAACGCCCUCGUUUGUGAGAAUGUGGAGGAUGCUCGCAGGAUAGCCUUUGGGGGGCCCUACAGACACAAGACGGUGGCUCUAGAUGGAACUCUGUUCCAGAAGUCUGGUGUGAUCUCAGGAGGUGCCAGUGAUCUAAAAGCUAAAGCUCGCCGUUGGGAUGAGAAAGCUGUGGAUAAGCUGAAGGACAGGAAGGAGAAGCUCACAGAUGAACUUAAGGAGCAAAUGAAAGCAAAAAGAAAGGAGGCCGAGUUGCGUCAGGUGCAGUCGCAGGCUCAUGGCCUGCAGAUGAGGCUGAAGUACUCUCAGAGUGAUCUUGAGCAGACAAAGACUCGCCAUCUGUCUUUGAACAUGCAGGAAAAGUCCAAACUUGAGAGUGAGCUGGCCAACUUUGGGCCUCGUAUCAAUGAUAUCAAGAGGAUCAUCCAGUCACGUGAGAGAGACAUGAAGGAGCUUAAAGACCGCAUGAACUUGGUGGAGGAUGAGGUGUUUCUUGAGUUCUGCAAGGAGAUCGGAGUCCGAAACAUUCGUGAGUUUGAGGAGGAGAAAGUCAAGAGACAGAACGAGAUCGCCAAAAAACGCCUGGAGUUUGAAACCCAGAAGACUCGUCUGGCUAUCCAGCUUGACUAUGAGAAGAACCAGCUGAAGGAGGAUCAGGAGAAGGUCGUGAUGUGGGAGCAGACCGUCAAGAAGGACGAGAAUGAAAUUGAAAGACUAAAAAAGGAAGAGCAGAGGCACAUGAAGAUCAUCGAUGAGACCAUGGCUCAGCUGCAGGACCUGAAAAACCAGCACUUGACGAAGAAGUCAGAGGUCAACGACAAAAACCAUGAAAUGGAAGAGAUCCGCAAGAAACUCGGUUCUGCCAACAAAGAGUUGACACAGCUUCAGAAGGAGGUGACAGCUAUUGAGACCAAGUCGGAACAGAAGCGCAGUGACAGACACAACCUUCUGCAGGCUUGCAAGAUGCAGGAUAUCAAACUGCCCCUCAGAUCAGGCACCAUGGAUGACAUCAGCCAAGAGGAGGGAAGUUCUCAGGAGGAAAGUCUAAGCAGCAGCCAGAAGACAUCCAGCAGUGUUCUGGCUAAAGAGGCUCUCAUUGAGAUUGACUACAGCAGUCUGUCGGAUGACCUGAAGGACUCCCUGUCUGAAGAGGAGAUAAAGGGAGAGAUGAACACACUGCAGCAGAGACUGAAUGAACAGCAGAGCAUUCUUCAAAGAAUCAGCGCUCCAAACAUGAAGGCCAUGGAGAAGCUGGAGAGUGUCCGUGAUAAGUUCCAGGAGACCAGCGAUGAAUUUGAAGCUGCCAGGAAGAGAGCAAAGAAAGCCAAGCAGGCGUUUGAGCAGAUAAAGAAGGAGAGGUUUGAUCGUUUCAACGCUUGCUUCGAGUCUGUCGCUACCAACAUUGAUGAAAUCUACAAAGCCCUCUCACGCAACAGCAGCGCUCAGGCUUUUCUUGGACCGGAGAAUCCAGAAGAGCCUUACUUGGAUGGGAUUAAUUACAACUGUGUGGCUCCAGGUAAACGUUUCAGGCCUAUGGAUAACCUGUCUGGAGGAGAGAAGACUGUGGCUGCCUUGGCCCUUCUGUUCGCCAUCCACAGCUAUAAACCUGCUCCUUUCUUCGUCCUUGAUGAGAUUGAUGCAGCCUUGGACAACACUAACAUUGGCAAGGUGGCUAACUACAUCAAGGAUCAGUCUAUUCAGAACUUUCAAGCCAUUGUCAUCUCACUGAAAGAGGAGUUCUACACCAAGGCUGACUCUCUAAUUGGAGUGUAUCCUGAGCAAGGAGAUUGCGUUAUCAGUAAGGUUCUGACCUUCGACCUCUCCCAGUAUCCAGACGCAAAUCCGAAUCCUAACGAGUGAAGGAGCUCCCACUUUCCAGACGCGUGUGGAAUUUUACUUUGUAAUGGGAAUUUAAAUUCCAUCGGCUAAUUUACUGAUAAUUUUAGUUCCGACCUCUAUGGUCAUAGUGGUUUCUGCUCGUACAAGCAAAGUAUGUCAAGCAUCUUAACAGCUAUCAACAGCGUUCAUUUUAGUCUUAGAUUUUACACACAUUUACACUUUACCAUGUUGUAUGAAAAUUUCAGUGUUUUUUUUUUUUUUUUUUUUUUUUGCAUUAUUGCUGUUUUUCUUUCCCCCCCUCAUCCUGCUGAUGUGCAUUUUUAUAAUUAAUCAUUAUCACUUUGAUGAUUAAUGGCUAACGUGGAGUUCAGGAGAGGUUUUCUGCUUCACUUUGUAACAGUUUUUUCACUUUAGUGCGAUGUAGAGCAAAAAAAAAAAACUCACAUUUCCCAAUGACCUAAGAGGCAUUGUUUUCUUUUAUAACGUAUAGACUGCUUGAUCGUUGUCAUCAGUGUACCCUGAUUCUGUCUCAAUAAUGUUUCUUAUUAUGUAAUGUAAAAUUGUCUUUUCUGAACAAUAAACUAUUUACGACA